AUGCAAGAUCCGUCGAGGGACAAGGAUCUCUCAUUUGCUAAACUAAGCGACCUCAGCUUGCAUAUUGCCAUCAAAAUUGUCUCCCUCGAGGGAAGGGUACAGAAGCACUCGUUCACCGACAUCUUGGAAGACGAGGACCUGCGGCACUCUGGAACGGACCAGGAUGGCCUCACAGACCUCUACGUGACGGUACAACUGUGGACAGAUGGCAAAGCGAACUGCCUUCCCUUCCGCACGACAUGGAAGGACUUUGCGCGCUCGUACAGUUGGAAUCAGAGCAUUGUGCUUCCCAUUACGUAUCCCAGCUUGCAACCAACGUCGCAGCUGGCGUUCACGAUUUGGGACGUGCAGGGAGCGGGGAAGGCCGUGCCGGUUGGUGGAACAACGAUGCGGCUGUUCCGCCCAGACAGAACGCUCCGCCGUGGUCAGCAGCGCCUUUACGUGCACCGCGGUGUGGAAGCCGAUCCUUCACCAGAAACCACAACCUCGAGUGAAAUCUCGUCGGCCGAGGAUGAGAUGGGCCGCUUAGAGCGGCUCGUCAAAGACUACGAGCGGGGUGAUGUGCCCAAGAUUGACUGGCUUGACCGCAUCGCGUUUCGGCAAAUCGAGCGCGCACAUGCUGCCGAGGCAAAGCAAUCUGACAAUCUAUACCUCUACAUCGACUUGCCUCGUUUCGACUUCCCCAUCGUCUACAGCGAGCACGAAAGUCCUAUUCCCUAUCCUCCAGCUCCCGUGCCUCGCGAACCACAGGCAAAUCAGCACACGCCCGCGCUCCCUCCCGACUCGCUGAGCAACGACAAACAUCUCUGGCGGCUAUACGAUCCGGACGCCUGGCGCGAGAACCCUGUCGAGAUCAAGCAUCGCAAGCUGUUACGUUCGCAACGCCUGGGCGACGAGGGGAGAGACCUCAAACCCGGACCUGCCGAUCGCGACCGAUUAAACGAAAUAUUCAGCAUGCCCCCUACCGCGCAAUUGUCGGCCAACGACAAGGACCUGUUGUGGAAGUUCCGUUUCUCCCUGUUCCGCUCGCCACGGUCACUUACCAAGUUCCUUAAAUGCGUUACUUGGUCGGAUCCUGUAGAAGCGAAGCAGGCGACGGAGAAGCUGUUGCCAUUGUGGGGCCAAGAGGUGGGCAUGGACGACGCACUAGAACUGCUGGGUCCUGGGUUCACAGAUCGAAGGGUUCGCGCCUUCGCUGUCGAGCGGUUGAAACGAGCGGACGACGAGGAAAUCAUGCUCUACCUCCUGCAGCUCGUCCAAGCGCUCAAGUUUGAGCAUGAGCCGGUGCCAACUAAGCGCUCCCGCCGACGAGAUGAGCCAUCAGCCACUGAUGUCGGCGACAGCGGACUUGCGCAGUUCCUCAUUGAUCGUGCUGUGGCCAACCCCAUCUUUGCCACCAAGUUUCAUUGGUAUCUCGGAAUCGAGUGCAACUUCCACACUCCCUUCGGAAAGAUGUUCACAAAAGUCGGCUUCCGACUACAAACGAAGUUGGGCGAGACGGAAGAGGGUCUGGCGCUGCAAAACGUGCUUACACGACAAGCAGCCCUGGUUGAAGCGCUCUCUGCGCGGGCGAAGGAGAUCCGCAGCUCCAAGGAUUCACGCUCGCGCAAGAUUGAGAAGCUCAAGUCCUACAUUGGCGAUAGCCGGCACAACCUCUGCCCUUUGCCGUCACCACUUCCACUCCCCCUAGAUCCGCGCGUGACUGCGUCGUCGAUCAAUGCAGAGCAGUCGUCCGUGUUCAAGUCGAACCUCCUGCCACUACUGCUAUGGUUCGAGACUGUGGGGCAGGAUGAAGAACCGGAUGCCGAAACUGUAUCGCCUGACUACCCCAUUAUCUUUAAGAACGGUGACGAUCUGCGGCAAGAUCAGCUCGUAAUCCAACUGUUCAACCUGAUGGACCGGCUGCUGCGCAAGGAGAAUCUCGACCUGCGCCUGAGUCCCUAUGCGGUCCUAGCCACUUCGACGACGGAGGGAAUGAUUCAAUUUGUGCCCAGCAAAAGUCUGGCGGCGAUCAUGGCCGAGCAUGGUAGCCUGCAAAACUACUUGCGGGAGCACCAUCCGGACGUGGGUGCAUUAGGGUCAUAUGGCAUCGAGGGCGGCGUCAUGGACACCUUCAUCAGGAGUUGUGCCGGUUACUCAGUGCUGACGUACAUCCUUGGAGUUGGUGACCGCCAUCUCGACAACCUGAUGCUGGCUCCUGACGGGCACUUUUUCCAUGUUGACUUUGGCUACAUCCUCGGCCGCGACCCAAAGCCGUACCCACCGCCCGUGAAGGUGUGCAAGGAGAUGGUCGACGCGAUGGGUGGGCAGGCAAGCGCACACUACGCACGGUUUCAAAGCCUAUGUUACACGGCGUUUGUGAAUCUUCGAAAGAACGCCAACCUCAUUUUGAAUCUCGUGGCGCUCAUGGUCGACGCUGGGAUUCAGGACAUCCAACUAGAGCCGGACAAGGCCGUGUGGAAAGUGCAGGAGAAGUUUAUGCUCGACCUUCCUGAAGAGGAUGCGAUCAAGCAGUUCGAGGCGCUUCUGAGUGAGACGUCGUAUUUGACUACGAUGUUCGACCGAAUUCACGAUUGGUUCGUUGUGUGGAAGAGGGCAUGCUAACCCCAGGGCACAGUACUUGCGAGAUUAGACGUUAUUUGGCAGCGAGAGUAGUGCAAGUUGAGUUUGCAUCUCGGCUCGA